UCAAAGACAUUUUGUUGUUUAGGCGUUAUGUCCACACAGAUCUGGGUUUUUGGAAGACCCAAAAUAAUAAUUUUUGAGACCGGGUCACAGAGUGACGUUUCAAUCGCCUGUUCUGUGUUUCCGUGUGUACAUCCAAAACGUGUUACUUUCUAAAACAAUGACACCGUAGCUUCACCCUGCAUGAGCUUUUAUGCCGCCAUGUUGCAGUGUUUACCUAACAUGAGUUCUCUUUCAACAUUCGUUUCGGUAUCUCACUAUGGGACACGCCUCCACGCCUAUCCCCCAGAAGCUCUAUUACAUUACGCCAGUCUUGACUGGCAGGCGGAAGUGACCUCCACUCCCGUGACGUCGGCUUUUAUACUGGGAGGAAUCCCAGUAUAAAAGCCGACGUCACGUAGGUGAUCUUCAGUCUAACACCUCUUCUCGCUCCCAGAAGCACCUCUCAGACGGUCAUUACAGUAACUUGAGCUAGCUUAACUGUUCACAGAGCGAGCUAACAACUCGGUCGCCGAGUGCUUCUCAAUAACUGUGCUCGACUGUUCUGAGUCUUUUUCAACGCUGGUCUGUCACCAAACAGCAGCGCUGCAACUGGUCACCAAACUAGCUGCAACCUUAACGGAGCUUACGAAGUUGAGUAACUUGCACUCGUUCUCACCAUGAACAGAGUCAAACCACCAUCUAGAACCUGCACAUGUGGCAAUCUCAUAGCUGGGGCAGAUACCCACUCUGUCCGCGCUUCGUGUCUGGGGCUGCAACAUGCCCAGGACGCGUUGGCGUCACCGGCGAGCUGCGAGCACUGUGCAUGGCUCUCCUUUAAGUCUCGUCGGCGCAGGCUAGCACGCCAAGCAUAGGUUGAUCCUAUGAUGGGGGUAGCCAAUCCCCCGCCACCGGAUCUUCCUGGUACUGAUGAGAGAGAGCCCACUUUGGCUGGAGCCAGUCGGGGUGAUCAGCUCGACGCUGUCGCGCCACUGACUGACCCAGAGGAAGACGAGGCCACACUUCCAGUUUUCAGCACUCUUGCUAACGCUGAAUCCGAAUCUGAAGUGGAGUCCAUCAGUCUCAGGUCUGACGACGACGAGCCUUAUGCCAUCCCGUCGGUUGCAAAGCCCUCGGUGGCGGAUGACACCAGUCGCUGCGGUUCCCCAAACCCGACUGCAACGGACCUGCAUGAUGUCUACAGAAGGGCAGCAAAGAAGCUGGGCAUCGAGUGGCCGGAAACCCUCACUGAAAUUACCACAUCCCGAUAUGAGGGGAAGCGGCUUCCGAGAGCCAAAUCUUCCAGCAGACAGCUGUUGCCGGUCUUUCCCGAGUGCCUCGAGGAAGCAACCCGGUCCUGGAGCAAUCCUCUCACCGCCAAAAACCCCGCCCUGGGAGGGUCGGCGCUGGACUGGACAGGCAUGGAGGCCGGCGGUUUUUUACAUCUGCCUCCCAUAGAACCUCUGCUGGCAUCUCACCUGCACCCAUCGCAGAAGUCAGCCAUGACAGCGGCAGGACCUACCCUUCCCUUCAAAGCUGACUCUUUUCAGUCCGCUCUGAAUGAGAAAGGCUACAAAGCGGUGGCUGCAUCUGUUAAAGCCUUAAACGCUUCAUCUCUUCUCCUCGCUUACCAAGCGGAAUUACAGGAGCAGAUGACUGGUACACCGAUGGCCGAUUUGUGGGACGAGUUGUGCGUGGUGACAGACCUAUGCCUGCGUCUCCACAGAAGCGGUGUCCAAGCCUCCGGGAGAGCCAUGGCCCUGAUGGUCACUCAGGAGAGAGCUAGAUGGCUGAACCUGUCUAGCCUGUCUCAAAGAGAGAAGAACCAGCUCCUCGACACCCCCGUGGACCCGAAGAGCUUAUUCGGCCCCACCGUGGCAGCCAUGCAAAAACGCUGUGAGGAGAAAAAGAGGGAAGGUGAAGUGCAGCACAAAAGAGCUGUCCGGCUAGUACCGCAGGAGCAAAGCAGAGACGGGUUUUACUCCAGAUACUUUCUCGUGCCGAAAAGGGUCUGCGACCGAUAUUGGAUGUGCGGGCUCUGAACACAUAUCUGAGACGGUAUUCGUUCAGGAUGCUAUCACACGCAGCUCUGAUAAAGUUUGUGCGUCAAGGAGACUGGUUUGUCUCCAUAGACUUGAAAGACUCAUAUUUCCAUAUCCCUAUAUACCCCCCUCACAGAAAAUAUCUCAGAUU